AUGUCGUCUUCUUCUUCUUCCUCCUCCUCCUCUUCCGAAGAAAAAUGGCCGUACGACGUUUUCAUUAACUUCAGAGGCGAGGACGUCCGCUCCGGCUUCGUCGCUGACCUCCACAGCUGUCUGUCUCAUGGCGGCAUCAACGCCUACAUCGACAGCGUGGACCUGAGGCGCGGGGACGAGAUCAAGUCUGCGCUCACGAAGGCCAUCAAGGAGUCGCGGAUCGCCGUGCUCGUCUUCUCCGAGAACUACGCUUCGUCUAGGUGGUGCUUGGACGAGCUGGUGAAGGUCAUGGAGUGUAGGAGGGACGAGAAACAGCGGAGAGAGAGUUAUAGCGAGGCAUUGGCCAGCUACGAGAAGGAAUUGGGAAAGGAUUCUGAAAGGGUGAAGGAAUGGAGGCAAGCCCUAAAUGAAGCCGGCAAUUUGUCCGGUUGGCAUUAUGACCAUGGAGAUGAUACCAAGUUCAUUGAGGGAAUCGUCAAAGAGAUUUCGGCUAUAAUAGGGCGAGAACCCUUGAAUGUUGCCAACUAUCCCGUCGGUGUAGGUUGCCGGGAAGAAAAAGUAAUGUCGUUGUUGGGUACGGGCUUGGAUGAUAUUCGGAUGAUAGGAAUAUGGGGGACUGGAGGUGUAGGGAAGACCACUAUUGCUAAAGCUGUUUACAACAGAAUUGCUAAACAGUUUGAUGGGUGCAGCUUUCUUGCAAAUGUUAAAGAAACUUCAAGUAGACCUAACGGCCUAGUUGAUUUGCAGAACAAACUGUUAUCCCAGAUAUUAUGGAAAGGAAAUUUAGUGGUCUCAAGUGUGGAUGAAGGCGCUAAUCUAAUACCAGGUACACUUUGCUCCAGGAAGAUUCUACUUGUGCUUGAUGAUGUGGAUCAUGGGGACUAGUUAGAUGCAUUAGCUAGAAAAUGUGGAUGGUUUGGAAAAGGGAGUAGGAUCAUCAUUACGACAAGA